CUCCGCCCUGGCUGCCCAGAGCCCCUUCCCACCAUUUAAUGAUACUCUGCCCAUAGUGCUGUUGAAAAUUUGUGGCUAGACAUUCCUGUGGGACCGGGAAGCCAAAUUCUUGGGUACAAACCGAAACUUUCUUUCCUUGGAGAUUUUCUUCUCUCUCGCCCACAGAUACUCUCGCGUUUUUUCCCUUUUUUUUUCCUUCUCUCUCUCUUUCUUUUUUCUAUUUUCUUUUUCGUAGCAGCAGGGAGAGAAAAAAAGAAACCAAAAAAAAAAAAAAAAAAGCCCGAAAAAGGAACACCUCCCCCUUUUUUAUUUUCAAAAGCAGCUUGAAAAAAAUAUAUAUAACAAAACAGCAGCCAACCAAGUGGAUCCGAACCCAACCCCCUGAGGCCGAGUCCUUGCCUCUGUCAGUGUGGGGUAUGGCCUCCAACAGCAUCUUCGACUCCUUUCCCAACUAUACACAGACCUUCAUCCGAGACCCGGGCACCAGCCGCCGCUUCACUCCCCCCUCCACGGCCUUCCCCUGCGGCGGCGCCGGCGGCGGCAAGAUGGGCGAAAACAGCGGCGCGCUGGGCGCGCAGGCGGCGGGGGGCCCCGGAGGCCGCGCCCGGGCCGAGGUGCGCUCGAUGGUGGACGUGCUGGCCGACCACGCGGGAGAGCUCGUGCGCACCGACAGCCCCAACUUCCUCUGCUCCGUGCUGCCCUCGCACUGGCGCUGCAACAAGACGCUGCCCGUCGCCUUCAAGGUGGUGGCCCUGGGGGACGUGCCCGACGGGACGGUGGUGACCGUGAUGGCGGGCAACGACGAGAAUUACUCCGCGGAGCUGCGCAACGCUUCCGCCGUCAUGAAGAACCAGGUGGCCCGCUUUAACGACCUUCGGUUCGUGGGCCGCAGCGGGCGAGGGAAGAGUUUCACUCUCACGAUCACCGUGUUCACCAACCCUACCCAAGUGGCCACCUACCACCGAGCCAUCAAGGUCACUGUGGAUGGACCCCGGGAACCCCGACGGCACCGGCAGAAGAUAGAAGACCAGACCAAGGCCUUCCCCGACCGCUUCGGAGACCUGCGCAUGCGAGUAACACCCAGCACGCCCAGCCCCCGGGGCUCUCUCAGCACCACAAGCCACUUCAGCAGCCAGGCCCAGACCCCAAUCCAAGGCUCCUCAGACCUGAACCCCUUCUCGGACCCGCGCCAGUUCGACCGCUCCUUCCCCACGCUGCAGAGUCUCACAGAGAGCCGCUUCCCGGACCCCAGGAUGCACUACCCGGGCGCCAUGUCCGCCGCCUUCCCCUACAGCGCCACGCCGUCGGGCACCAGCCUGGGCAGCCUGAGCGUCGCGGGCAUGCCGGCCAGCAGCCGCUUCCACCACACCUACCUCCCGCCGCCCUACCCCGGGGCCCCGCAGAGCCAGAGCGGGCCCUUCCAGGCCAACCCCGCGCCCUACCACCUCUUCUACGGCGCCUCCUCCGGCUCCUACCAGUUCUCCAUGGCAGCCGCGGGCGGCGGCGAGCGCUCGCCCACCCGCAUGCUCACCUCCUGCCCCAGCGGCGCCUCGGUGUCGGCGGGCAACCUCAUGAACCCCAGCCUGGGCCAGGCCGACGGCGUGGAGGCCGACGGCAGCCACAGCAACUCACCCACGGCCCUGAGCACCCCGGGCCGCAUGGACGAGGCCGUGUGGAGGCCCUACUGAGCGCCCUGGAGACUUGCGGGCCACCCGGACCGUCCCUCCGGCCCCUACAGGAAGAAAACAGACUUUGGCCUGGUCCCAGGGACCAGAGCUGGUGAUGGCUCCCAGAGCUCUGUCCAGCCUCGAGUUUGAACAGAGGGAGGGUGUGGGGACCUCCCACAGGACGAUGCCCCAGCCCAGACCCGUGUCCCUCGCCCUGCCCCGCCCAGGAUCAUCUCCUAAGUCAAAGGCUACCCCUGCCCAUGAGGGAGGGGCCUUUGCUGGCAAGAGAAGUUCAGGCUCAGAGAUGUCCACCCCAGGGACCAGCCCCCUCUCUCUCUGCAGCCAUACCCGUCCAAUCAACUGGAAACCCCAAUCCCUGAGAUGUCGUCACUCCCCUGUACAGGAGGAGGGCCUAGGACACACCCACAUCAGCCCCCAACUUGACUUCCCCACGAUGCCAGGCCAGCAGCCCCUGACCAGCUCUAGCUUAGCUGAGGACGAUAGGCUGCGGAGCAGGCUCGUCCCUGAUGGCAGGUCCCUAAAACGAGGAAGGCCUCAGCGCCUUCAAGUGCAUUCCAGCCCAAAGAGCCCCAGGGACAGAGAGGUCCUGGCAGAAAGUCUUAACUGUGAGGAUGGAUAGGGUCUUCCCUCACCAGAUCAAACCAAGCUGUGUCCCGGGGGUGCCUCACGGCCCACAGCCCCGUUCCCAACUUGUUAGCACCUAGAAGCAAACAACCCUGACAGUGCCCUCCCCCCACUAAGUGUCUCCGUCAGGCAUUUUAAAUCAAGGUCUCUGACAGGCAGAAGUUCUGUGUCUAUGAAAGCCUCGUGCCAUUCACACCUCAUGUUCCUCACAGAAGGGGACCAAAAGCUGGAAAAGUCCUGUGGGGGCUCUGGGGAGCGGUGUCCAAGCAGAGGUCAGAGGGCAUCGUGAGAUCUGGCAGAUGGGAAGGGAGGCCGUGGCCUCGGGCUUGGGUCAUGGGAAUUGUGGGAGGUUGGUGGGAUGGGUUAAAGAGCUCUUAACCAGAGCUGGCCCACAGGUGUUUUUUUAAACUGCGUGAGCCACAUCCUCUGUGGCCCCUGAACCCUCCUCUUCAAGGUUCCUUAGGGACGGUCCCUGUCACAGUGCUUGGCCUUCUCCGUUGCCGGUCCCUGUAUCAGCCACAUACACACUCUGGCAGGUCAGGGAGUCCUGACAGUCCCUGGCAGAUACCUCCCGUUACAGUUUCCUUUGUCCCACCCUCCCUGGGGAGGAAAUUCUGUCUCUUGGAAGUAGCUGAGGUAACUUUCCAGCUCUCCUCACCCAGAGGGGCCUCCUUGCCUCUUCUCAGGAAGCAGCUCUAACCCAUUGCUCUCCUACCUGCUUUGCUACCGGUCCAUGGUGUGGACUGUGUCCGCUCACCAAGGAAGGAUCCCAGCACCUACCACCGUGUAAACCACCCCAGACGGCUACCCUUCCUGAUACCCAAACGCGGACGGAGAUUUAAAAAAAUCACCACCACCAGCCCCCACCCCCUUCCCGGUCAUCCCUACUCUUCCCCACCCCUGACUAACAGUGACAGCUGAAUCUGUUGUGGGUCCCACGGUGAAUAUAGGCUGUUUUAAAAAAAAAACAAAUGGGUCCUUAUUUGUAAGGCUACUUUAAAGUGCUACUCGAAAGCACUGGCUAGAAAGAAAAGCACAAGGAGGCCGAGGGGUUGAUACAAUGUUACCGGGCAGGGGUUGGGCACCGGUCUUUUGUAACAUUGCUGCCCUGAGGCGCCCUACCUGCCGUGAGCGGGUCUUCCUGAGGCAGGGUGAGAGCUGAGGGGCACCGGAGGGCCUGCUUUGCACUAUGGCUGCUUGGUGUGUUUGUUUUUUGGUUUUUGGUUUUUUUUUUUUAUGCACAACUUGCUUGUACAGUCAAUUGCCUAUCUUGGGUACUAUUUAACUGUAAAAUGAAAACUGUAUUUGUUACAAUAAUAUAACAGAUGGCUUGAAGGA